GGAGUGCUGGACUGCAGCUGCCAGCUGCAUUUGCGUGCAGCACUGCCUGCGCCUGCUGUGCCGCCCAGUCCAAUGGAGAGGGCCGCGUCGGUCAUCUCCUCGCUCCUCGGCGGCGGCGGCGGCUCCGGGGCACAGGCGGCAACGGUGAAGUCCGUCCUCGUGUACCCCAUCAAGUCCUGCAGGGGAAUCUCCGUGCCCCAAGCCCCCAUCACCGCCACGGGGUUCAGGUGGGAUCGCCAGUGGAUGCUCGUCAACUCCAAAGGGAGAGCAUGCACCCAGAGGGUGGAGCCCAAGCUUGCUCUGGUUGAGGUCCAGAUGCCGCCGGAGGCCUUUGCCGAGGACUGGCACCCCACGCCCGACGACCACAUGGUUAUCAGAGCACCUGGAAUGGAACCCUUGAAGGUCCCUCUUUCUGUGGAAUGUGCCACAAUCAGUGAUGUCUCUGUGUGGGAGUGGACUGGCGCUGCUUAUGAUGAAGGUGCUGAAGCAGCCGAAUGGUUUUCCACAUUUUUGGGGUGCCCAACUCGACUGGUGCGCUUUAACGAAGAUUCAGAAACUAGGCUGACUGACCCUGACUAUGCACGAGGUUACAAAACCAUGUUUUCUGAUGGCUUCCCUUAUCUGAUAGUCUCUCAGGGCUCAUUGGAUGCAUUAAAUGAGAUACUCAAAGAGCCUAUACCAAUUAACCGCUUCAGACCAAAUAUUUUAGUGGAGGGGUGCCACCCAUAUGCAGAGGAUAUGUGGAAAUCAGUAAAGAUAAACAAGUUAACAUUUCAAGGUGUGAAGUUAUGUGGCCGUUGCAAGGUCCCUACAAUUAACCAAGACACUGGAAUACCUAGCCCUACUGAACCAACUGAAACUCUGCAGACAUAUCGGUCGGGUGAAGUGCUGCUUCGUAGCCACAAAAACAAACGCCAGGUGUACUUUGGGCAAAAUGCAGUCUGCAAGGAAUCUCUGUCAGCAAAUGGGGAAGGAAGGAUCGUCAAGGUCGGGGAUCCAGUUUAGGCCUUGUUCGUUUACAUCGGAUUGUACCCGGAAUCAUUCCGGCUAAUCAAAGUUUAUAUAAAUUAGAGAAGCAAUCCGGCUCGGAAUCGUUCCGACCCACCAAUCCGACACAAACGAACAAGGCCUUAUGUGACACAGUCGUUCUCUUCAUCUGUUGAAGUGCCAGCCUGAGUGACCGAAUCAGGACGGCUAUGUAACAACCACUUGUAUAAUUUUUAGCACUAUUUUAGAUUUAUAUUUGCUGAGGAAAGUUAAAUUAAUAUUUACGAAGUUUUAAGUUUAAGUUUAAAGAGUUUUAGUUAAGUUUUUCUA